UGGUUUUAAAAUAAUCUGUCAAAAGGAUAUCAAAUCCAUAAACAACAUUUGUAACCCUAAUGAAUCAAAAAUGGAUAUAAAUAAUACAUAGUUUUAAAUAUAUACAUUGUGUCGAUGAAUAAUAAAUUAUGGAAAACUCUGUAGAAAAAAAUUCCCAAAACUGUAAUACACCUUGGAUAAAAUGUAUUUACGGCCGUCUGGCUUUCCUCUGCUUGUCGGCUGCAAUCAUCAGAUACUGGAUAAUAUUCUUCUCAAAUUAUCAGAAUAUUAUACAGAACCAUAUAGAAGUAUCUACACCUCUAAACGCAUGGAGAAGGGUGAAAGAAGGCCUAUAUUUGCAAUCAAUUGGAAUUAACCCGUAUGAUGGUGAUGCUCUGCAUGAAGCUCCAACUUCGCUCUUCUUCUACAAAUAUUUGUCAAAUCACAUCAGUUUAUCCAUAGGAACAGUUUUUAUCAUAUUUGAUAUCAUCACUGCCUGUGUUCUCUUUCUUGCCACGCGACAGUAUAUGUUUAUGGUUUAUGUGGAAAGGGAAGUGAAUAGAAAGAAUUAUGCUAAAGGGACCGACGAAUAUCUAUAUUCGAAUAUGGAUUUGAGGAGAGCUCCCAUAUAUGUUGCAGCAACAUUCUUAUUUAAUCCAUAUACAAUUUUUAAUUGUGUAGGGUUUGCCACAACAACUAUAUUCAAUUGCUUUCUGUCAUUGUUCUUAUAUUCUCUACUCAGUAGGAAAGUUUAUAUGAGCAGUUUUUUCCUUGCUAUAUGUUCAACAGUUUCACUCUACACUGUAGUACUUGUAGUACCAAUGUGGUUACAAUUCUAUAAGCAAUUCAAUAGAAAACUCAGGGCAAUUCUAAGCAUUCUAUUUUAUGUUAUAAAUCUCAGUGCAUUGGUAUAUUUUGCUUUAGCAUUAGAAAAGACUAGUACAUUCCUACAUAGUGUAUAUGGCUUUACAUUAACUGUACCUGAUCUGAAACCAAAUAUUGGUUUAUUUUGGUACUUCUUUACAGAAAUGUUCGAUCACUUUCGAGAACUGUUUAUCUACUCUUUUCAGAUCAAUGCAACAAUUCUGUAUCUUAUUCCACUAGCUCUCAAAUUCCGUAAUGAUGUCUUUCUAUUGAUAACUGCUUUAUUAUAUAUUUUAACUAUCUUCAAAUCUUACCCAUGUGUAGGAGAUGUAGGCUUUGUGAUUGGCUUGUUACCAUGUUUCAAGCAUUUAUUCAAUUAUUCACAGCAACAGUUUCUGAUACUUGUGAUUUACCUUAUAACAUUUUGUCUAGGACCAAUAGUGUGGCAUCUAUGGAUUUAUUCUAAUUCAGCCAAUGCAAAUUUCUAUUUUGGUGUUACUUUAGCUUUCGCAGUUGCUCAGAUAUUUCUUGUAACAGACAUCCUUUUUGUUUAUAUUAAGAGAGAGUUUUCCUUAUAUUUUGGAAAGAAAAGAAAAAUUAGAGGAAAAGAUGCUAUCCUAGUUUUAGAGUGAAUGAUUUUGUAUGUAUAAACUUCUAAAUAAAAUGUUUGUAGUCAA